AUGGGAAUUGUGCGGAUCUCUCGUCUGCAGUCGCAGGGCAGAACGUGGAAUAACUCGCCACCCGACGAUCCAUUGGGCCUUGCCGAGGAUGGAUGGGAGUUCUUGGAAUCGAAUCCGAGAGACUCACUUGACGGCACUCGCAGCCCAGACAUAUCGCUCUUGAUUGCGAAGCCUCUCACGCCGAUAACUCGGCCAGGAGGUCCAGGAGAUGCUGAGCUGUCUGACCGCACCUCCGGCUCGGAAAUGUCCGACUCAUCUGUCUCUCUGAAUACCGCUAUGAAUAUGGAGACACCGCAUGACCGCGAGAUCAGGUCCAUUUUGGCCCUGAGCGACUCUGUUCGGGCCUCCUUGACGGAGAACCUUUCACUUGGAUCCGAUACCAUCAGGCUUACCCAGUUUCUGAACUCAGUCCUUGCCGACGAGGUUCAUGAUGGCAGGUCCCUUUCAUUUGAUACACUACUCAAGGCUCAUUUGGACAAGCUGUUGCAAGACCUGCUGGAUCCGUUGAAGAAGCCAGAUCCGGUACCUGGGACCAUCUUUGCCGUCAUGACAGCUGCAAAGAGUCUCGAGAAAAGUUGGAGAGCACGAUUCAAGGAAAGAUACGCCGACAUCGACAAAAGGCGGCUCAGCGCUAUGCUUAGCAAUGGUGCCCUUCGCGAUGUCACUUUUGCCGCCUUAUCUGCUGACAACGUUGUCACCUGGAAGGCAAAACAAGUCACCCCAGCUUGUGAGGUAGAAGAUAGCUACAAGUUCCGACCCGGACAAUGGUGGCUGAACAUAUCCUGUGCACAUCGAGACGGCGUGGUCGAUAACGAUCAAGAGAAACCAACAAAGGGUAAAUACGGCAUUGCGGCGCUCCCGCUGCUGACGGGUGAGGAGGAAAGCCUGGAAGAUAGGAAAAUCAAGUACAUUCGCCGAAGCCUGCACCGAGCCCAGAUGCACAUACCGCUCAUGAGCAAGGUCGGCUGCCGUAUGAGAAUCUUACGGGGAUAUCAGCUACGGAGUCUCUUCGCCCCGAUAGGUGGCGUUCGCUAUGAUGGCCUGUAUAUUCUUCGACAAUACGGGCUUAAGCUGGACGAAUUCACCGAGCUGUAUCGGCUGGAGCUGACAAUGGAGAGGAUCGAGAGCCAGAAGCCACUUGCGCUGUUGCAGCGCAUCCCCAAACCGGCUCAGCUUGACCAGUGGACACUGUAUCAGAAGUUCGAGAAGGACAAGAUCACACAGAUGUAUGGAGAGACGAGAUCAACCCAGUGGUAUCUUACCAAUCAGGAAGAGGAGGCAGCGCGCUCUCGCUGGCACGCAGACCACAAUCCAAGCGAAGAAUUCGGUGUAGACGUGUCUGCCGACAAAUUCGAGCCCAAGAGACGACGGAGCCUGGUGCGACUCUCGUUGCCUGAAGACAAAUGGCAUGCCGCGAGGAUCAAGGACCCAACUGAUGAACCCACUCCUGAGCGUUAG